AUGGGACUCUAUUAUCGUACUUAUCUGGAAGGGCCAUCCACUGUGUAUGGUUGCUCUGAUUGUGGUACUCAUUUAGCAACAUCUGAAUCUAUUAUAUCAAGACAAUUUCAAGGCCAACAUGGUCAAGCCUUUUUGUUCGAAAAAGUAGUCAAUAUUAGCUUUGGCAGAGCAGAGGACAGAGAUAUGACGACGGGAUUACAUCGAGUCCGAGACAUUUCGUGUAUCCAAUGCUCAAAGAUGCUCGGAUGGACAUAUGUAAAAGCCUACAAUCCCGAGAACAGAUAUAAGGAAGGCAAAUUCAUACUAGAAAAGAAGCUGCUGAAGGAUUUAUCAACAAGAGUCUACACUGAAAGCAUCGAAUACAUCUAA